ACUCUCCAAACCCCACCGUUUCGCCGAAAUUAAUUCACUCACCUCAUCACUUGUGCCUUGCGUGUUUUCCAACUUCCCUCCACGACAUCGUUUUGCUUAAAUCUUGAAGAUGAGGAGAAAUUGCAACCUAGAACUUCGUCUCUUUCCUUCUCACGAUUCCGACCACCACGUCCACCACCAUCCCAUAAUGGGUGAAGGGGAUAAGAAUCAUGAGAGUGAGAUGAUGAGUCCAGAGGAUGAAGGACAGCAACAGAAGCUCACCAUUUUCUAUGAUGGCAAGGUUUGCGUUUCUGAUGUCACCGACCUUCAGGCAAGGUGGAUAAUGAAGGAAGCGACGAAGGAGGUGGAGGAGAAAAUGAAGAGAUCCUUAUCAUCGUCAAGCUUGGGACAGAGUCAGAUGUGUAGCCCUAACACUGCACUUUCCAUGAAGAGAUCUCUUCAACGCUUUCUUCAGAAGCGAAAGGAUCGCAUCCACGAAUCAUCUCCUUACCAUCCUUAAACUUCAUCAACCUGCUUCAUAUGCAUCAUGAUGAUGAUGGCGGCCUUGUAUAUUAUUACAAUUGCUUGAUUAAUCUCUCCGUACUCUUACCGUUAUAUCUCUCCUUUAUGUAAGAUUUUCUUUUUAUAAAAUAUUUAUGUGUGUGUGUGUGUGUCAACCAUUGGCAUUGCUUUAGUUUUUUUUUAUUUUUUAUUUUUUAUUUUUUUAAUUCUGUCCGGACAGUUAAUUUGGGGCACUCCACUAUCUACGUAGCUUGUUACCUUUUUCUUCUUGUAAAAUACUUAAAACAUAUUUUAUUAUAUAUACAUAUGUACGUAUGUAUAUGUAUGUAUGUAGGUAUGUAUGUAUGUAUGAACAUGUAUUGUUUUGGAUUGGGAUUGGAGAGACUUAGCUUGCUUGAA